UUGGGAACAAUGUAUGUUUAAAGCUGCAAUCACGUAUGAAUAUAACCAGAAUACAAUCAAAUAUAUUUGUACUAAUUACUUACGUAGAGACAUGUGUCCCAUGGCAUUGUGAAAUAUGGCAGUCUCGCUAACGUUUAAAAACACAAGCUGCCUGAGUCAAAGCUCAGGGUUCAAUUUUACAUCUUUAAAAAAAAAUGGAAGGAACGAAACAAACCACGACUUUGAUUCAUCAAAACUAGCAAAAGUAGCCACCGAGCUGGAAUAAAGUUGUACAUGAGUGAAAUCUGACAGAAAUGGACCACGAGGGUCUUGAUCCCAUCUUGCUGCUAGACCAAUUCUUUGAGCUAUGGAACCAGAAGGAUCUUCCGAUGCUGCGUUUGGUAACCCAGCAGGGGUUUUCCAAACUGUCGGAGCCCCUCGAGGCCUUACUAACAAUCCUGGAGCGUUGUCCGGGCAAACAGAAAGGUCGGAGCCACACUCUGGGUUGUCACAUCCUCAUGGAUUUCCAGGCAUGGAUGAAGGAAAACCCUCAGGUGAACUUGAGCUCACUACCUGGACAAAAAGCUCUGGCGCUCCAGCAGCGAGCUCUUGACUUACUGAUGGACACGCAGCCCGCCUUUGUAGAUGCUCUCAUCAGCAUCUACCAGCUCAAGUCCUUAGACCCAUCUGUUCUACGGCUCCAUAUUUCAAAUAUGCACGAUGUCAGGUGUUACAAAGAAGCUGCAAUCCUCGCUAUCAAGCUGGAACUACAGGAAGAACUACAGUUGGAAAAGAUGUGCGUGCCUCUCAUUUUGCUGGAUAAGCUGUCGCUGGCGGAGUCUUUUGUCAGCGGCCACAGUCAGCUUGAACAACAACUUGUCACACUCCUCGACUCUUGGUGUCACCCCAGCUUCAGUGUUGGGAGUAUUCACAAGCUGUAUCCAGGCCUGACUCGGUCCAAACAGAACACAUCACAAAUCCAUCCCAAAGUGCUUACCAAACAUGUCUUAAGACUCAUGGAGAAAUUCAAAGUGGAUCCAGCACUGUGUCCCAAUGCUUUGCACAAGAGGAGAUUAGACACUCUGCGUUACCUAAUGUAUAAAACUUUUGUGGAGAAAGGCAUGACUGAGGAGAACUGGAUUGACCAUGUGCAAAAUGUGGUGGCAGAUGAUGUAGAGCUGCAGAUCCAUUUGGUAGAGUUGUUGGCAAAGUACCAUAGUGUUCGCAAAGCCUCCCAAUGGUCCCUGAGAUACAACGUACCAAAGAAUCGACUUCCCAUUGGGGUGUGGGAGACCCAGAGGAGCCUGCCUCCUAAUCUACAACAGAUAUUUCCAAAUGAUUCUACCGAUUCAGAGGAAUGGCUGCCCCGUAAUGCUGAUAAGUUCUACCGGGUUCCUCUCACCAAAGACAAGGUUCACUUUGUGGAUACACCAGAAGCUCUUCAGAUAUGUGGAAGCGCAGUGUUAAAGAAAGGUGGGGUCGUCGGGGUGGACAUGGAGUGGCAACCAACAUUUGGCUGUACCUCAGCUCAGGAAGUGGCACUGAUACAGCUGGCAGUUCAAGAGCAGGUUUUCUUGUUAGACCUCUGUGCCAGAGGAUUCUGUCAACAUCCAGGGACCAUCAGCUUCAUCAGGACAUUCUUCUCUGAUCCAGACAUCCUUAAACUGGGUUAUGCAGUGAGUGGAGACCUUAAGUGUCUCAGAGCCACUUUGCAUCCGUGGUCAGAGGAGGCCCUGACGGCAGAGGGGAUGCUUGAUCUUUGUAAUAUACAUCAAAUAAUUCAAAAAAGUAAACUCAGUUGGAUUCAGAGUGGCCCCAAAGAGGUACUGGUGGGAGAAAAUGCCACAGAAAAAGGUCUUAGCCUUCUGGUUCAACAAGUUCUGGGAAGACCCCUGGACAAGAGGGAGCAGAUGUCCAACUGGGAGAGGCGGCCGCUGCGCAUCAGCCAAAUUAGAUAUGCAGUGACAGAUGCGUACUGUUUGCUGGAUGUGUACUCUGUGCUUUCUGGAAACCCAGCACGCUUUGGGCUGCCGGCUGACCUGAGCAGCGUCUCUUCAAGCAAGCCACAGACAAACAGUGACAAGAAGCAGAAAGAAAAGCAGAAAAAGAAGACAAAACAAGGAUUUGACCAGAAGGAAUGUCAGGGGGCUUCAAGGGUCAGUCCCCCCCAUUCUGGCACAGAGAAAGGCCUCCUGUGUGGCGAGAAGCCUUCAGAAGAUUCCCCUCCUCUGCCCCCCCAGCAGCUGCGGGUGGUGUGUGACAAUAUGCUGCAAGGACUCGGGAGGUAUCUGCGCUGUUUGGGAGUGGACGUUGUCAUGCUGGAGAACUCUGAUGAUCACAGAGUAGCUGCAAAGCUCGCUCAAGCAGAAGGCCGAGUCAUCCUCACAUGUGGUCAACCUUUUCAAAGUUUGCGCUCUCAGGUUGGUGAAGGUCGCUGUCUGUCCUUGGACUGUUCAGAAAAGGCUAGAGACCAGGCUGUCCGAGUCCUCAAGCACUUCAACAUCCAACCCACCCCGAGCGACAUAUUCAGCCGCUGUCAGGCGUGUAACAGCGAUCAGUAUGUGGCCGUUCCCCGCGCAGACAUGGUCAAGAUGCUCGCAGAGAGGGGAUAUUUGCAAGACCAUGAGAACUCUUACUGCACGCUGGAGAAAUCCUGUCAACAGGAGGAUGACACGCUAACCCCCGAGGUGACCCCUGAGCCCCCCAGGUAUGCCUCGCAGUGUCGCUGGGCCUCCCUUUCAGGCCUGGACCGCGACACCCUGACCUUUCCCGGGGGUUCACCCAUCCAGCUCCACACCGUACCCCCUGCCCUGCUGCAGAGGAUACCGCUGUUCUAUGUCUGCACCAGAUGUGGCAAGGUGUUCUGGGAAGGCUCUCACUUCGACCGUGUCCGCUCCAUGUUCCAGGAAGUCUUACGCAUAACAGAUGAGGACAGCACCUCGACGGAGGCACACCUUAAAACGGUGCUGCAAAGCUAACUUAAUAUAGAGCUUCUAUUGCUCCCAAAAAAGAUCCACUGAAAGAGAUAUUAAUCCUAAUCAGAUUAAAUGUUUUCUUUAAAUCAAAAAGUUAACAGGUGUUUUAGCCCAAUUCAAUUUCUUCUAGCUGUUUCUUUAGUCUUUUGCAGACUGUGACUGCACACCUCUUUAUGUUCAUAUUUCAAAAUAUUUAAAGCAGCUACACUUAUUCACCAUUGAUAAAAACCUGUGAAGUUUCUGAUUCUUUUAUAUGUAAAUGUUGAAAAAUUGCUAAGAAACCACAGAUGAUCUUUCCUUUUUUUUUUUUCUUUUACUUUUGUUGCCAUUUUCAAAUUCCUUCAACAAAAACAAGAAUUUGCCUUCUGGCGUGUUAGCACACAUACUUUUUUAUGUCGUGAUCAACAGAUAACUUGUAGGUUGUGCAAGAUCAGCAGUUUUACCUGCCAGUUAUAACUCUCUAUCUCACUUUUUUCUUAAACUUGAACUCUAGCAUGGAUUGACUUACUUUUAAAAAUUGAGUGCAAUUCUGUUGGAGUUUAUUUGCAUUUUAUUAAAUGUUGCCGUUAUUGUUUAGUGUUUUUGCUGAUGUUUUAUUAAAAUGUUCAUUUUGUUUAUUAGAAAUAAAUGUAUUGGUGUUGAGCUGGGUUCAUUGAUGAAGUAAUAAACUUCUCUGCAUUUCAUUGUUA